GGAGUGGAUAAGUUCAGAGAAGUUAGGUCACACAGUAGGUGGGAGGUCUUGUUCUCCAACUCCACUCUCAUGGCCUCUCACCGGCUGGGGCAGUGACUUGAUUCCUGUAGAGGCUGAGGAAGCGCUUAAAGUCAGGCAGUUAUUUCUGAGAACGCUUAUCUCCUGGGGCUGGGAGGGUUCGAAGGAUCUGUGGCUUGCUCAGGACGCCACAGCCCUUUCAGACUGAGCGCAAUGGCUCUUGGAGGAGUUCCGUGUCCCGUUCCCAAGCCCGCUUCGUGGGGCAGUAGGGGCGGGAUGGCCCCCCAGGACCGCGGAUUGCCGACAGUUCAGGGAGGUAGCGGUUAAGAGCGGUCUUGCCGCUGCCCCCACCCACUUCGAGCUGGGAAACCCCAACCCCAGCCAUCCGUCUCGCUGUUCCUUUAAAGUCGGGCGCGGCACCUGGAACCACCCGGAGCCGCUCCACCCGGGAGUCUCCGCCCGUCCGGCGGCCGGCCCCGAGGACGCAGAUCCGAGGAGAGGUGGGGCGGGCCGCGCCCCGGAGCCCAAGCGCAGGUUCCCCGCAGCCGUCGGCCGAGCCCGGAGCGGGGGCGGGGGUGAUCAUCACCUGAGUCGACAGCUAAGCGGGACUCCGUGCGCCCGUCAACGCCCCCACCCGGUGGCCGAGCCCUUGCGCGGUGAAGGGGGUUUGGCACCGCUCCCACUGGAACCGGGACGGGACGGACGGCUGCGGACUAGACCCUCGGACUCGACCCGCAGCCGGACGUUAGCGUUUCUGCGGGGGCGUGGAAAGCAGGGCUGGAGGACGGUCGCCAGGGCCGCCCCUAACGCUAGGCGCCCCCAGCAGGCCGGAGGGACCGCCUUUCCCAGGUUCGCGCUGCCCUCGGGCACGACAGCCACCAUGUCUUCACUCCCGGUGGAUUCGUCGGGCUCCCCGCGCCGGGACCACGCCUGACUCUACGGCGCGAUGACUGCGCCCAAGAGAAAAUGCCUUGAGCUGGAGACAGGAGGUUCUUGCCCCAUUGACAGAUUCACAGGAAGAGAACCAAAGGAGAAUCUCUUCAACACCUGUUUGUGGAGCAGCUACUAUGUGCAAGGCACUGGGGGAUAGAGGUGUAAACAAGGCGGGUGCAGACCCGCCUCAGGGAGCUUGCUGUCUGGUGAGGACAAGACACGAAGUCAGACAGACAUAUACCAGCUUGGUCAACGAAGGCCCAGGGGACUCUGAGUUUAAAGUGUCCCGUUUGAAGGCUUCUCAGACUUGUGACAGGGCCCGCGUGGCCUCCACCCUACGCUACUGCAUGAUGGUCAGUGGCACGGUGGUCCUGGUGGCUGGGACCCUCUGCUUCGCCUGGUGGAGUGAAGGAGACGCAGGCCCCCCGCCCAGCCGGUUAGCCCCACCCACUGGAUGCCCUGAGCCUACGGCCCCCGGUGCCCUGCUCAGGUCGGUCAGCUUCUUCUGCUGCGGCGCAGGUGGCCUGCUGCUGCUGUUCGGCCUGCUGUGGUCAGUCAAGGCCAGCACCCAGAAGCUGCCUCGAUGGGACCCAUACCACCUCUCCAGGGACCUGUACUACCUCACUGUGGAGUCCUCAGAGAAGGAGAGCUGCAGGUCAGGUGCAGCUGCAGGGAAUGGGGGCCACAGGACCCCGAAGGUGGUUACCAUCCCCACUUAUGAAGAGGCUGUGCGCUGCCCACUGGCUGGGGGGCUCUCGACACCACCUGCGUCCGCUGUGGAGGAAGACCUGGAGCGCAGUGCCUCGGGGGAUGCCCUGCCUGGGGCUCAGCCCCCCUUGCCUCCACCCAGUUAUGACAGCCUCAUCUUCGCUGCUGGUGGCAUCUCUGGAGAGGCGGCACCUGGGGCUGCAUGCUCCCUUGUGGGCCCUGUUCAGAUUACAGAGGGUGGAAGUUCAAGUCUUCUAGCAGGCCUGGAAGCUGGAGACCAAUGAUGGGCUUCUUCUAAGUGUCUGGCCCAGUGCCCGGUACACACAGGCCAUCAACAAAUACUGCUGAAUGCUGUUUUGUUUUUUCGAUUGCUGUGUAACAAAUGGCUGAAAAUAAAUCCAUUUUAUGAUCUCUCA